CAAAGAAUAAAUACUAAUUGUGCUGAUUUGGUUUCUAAAUCUUUAACUAAAUGUUGGGUUUUAGUUGCAAAAUCAGCACAAUUAGUAUUUAAAAAAUCAUAUUCGACAGAAGAUUAUGAAAAUCUUCAAAAAUGUUUGGAGACGGAAAGUCAAAUAUUAACUCAA